UUUCUCAGCAAUUGAAGUAGACAGUAAGAUCGAAAAUGCCGGCCGUGGGAGGAAUCGGUCCGGGUACCGGCAAGGAGUACCCGGGUAACCUCACCCCAUACGUCAUGGUAACGUGUAUAGUAGCGGCCAUGGGAGGUUUGAUUUUCGGUUAUGAUAUCGGUAUCUCAGGCGGUGUGACGACAAUGACUCCGUUUUUAAAAAGGUUUUUCCGAAGUGUUUGGGAGAAGAAGGAAGCCGAUAAAUCGAAGAAUCAGUAUUGCCAAUACGACAGCCAAACGCUGACGAUGUUCACGUCGUCGCUGUAUUUGGCUGCUCUGUUGUCUUCCAUUGUAGCCUCCACUGUCACCCGUAAGCUGGGGAGGAAACUGUCGAUGCUCUUCGGCGGUUUGCUCUUCUUCGCCGGAGCUCUCAUUAACGGCUUUGCUAAAGCCGUUUGGAUGUUGAUCGUCGGCCGGAUAUUGCUCGGUUUCGGUAUAGGAUUCGCCAAUCAGUCUGUGCCACUCUACCUCUCGGAAAUGGCCCCAUACAGAUUCAGAGGAGCAUUGAACAUAGGCUUCCAAUUGUCAAUCACAGUCGGUAUUCUCAUCGCCAACGUGCUGAAUUACUUCUUCGCCAAGAUCAAAGGCGGCUGGGGGUGGCGCCUGAGCUUGGGCGGCGCAAUGGUUCCCGCCUUAAUCAUCACCGUCGGCUCUUUAGUCCUCCCCGACACCCCGAACUCGAUGAUCGAACGUGGCCAAACCGAGGAAGCCAAAGCCAAGCUCAAGAGAAUCCGUGGUGUCGACGACGUCGAAGAGGAAUUUAGGGACCUCGUCGCUGCCAGCGAAACAUCGAAGCUCAUCGAGCAUCCAUGGAGGAACUUGUUGCAGAGGAAGUACAGGCCACAUAUAACGAUGGCGAUCCUCAUUCCCUUCUUUCAACAACUGACUGGCAUCAAUGUGAUUAUGUUUUACGCUCCUGUUUUAUUCAGCACCAUCGGUUUCAAAGACGAUUCCGCCCUCAUGUCCGCCGUGAUUACCGGUGUUGUUAACGUUGGUGCCACGGUUGUUUCAAUCUAUGGGGUUGAUAAGUGGGGAAGGAGAUUCCUUUUCCUUGAGGGUGGUGUUCAAAUGUUGAUCUGCCAGGCUGUUGUGGCAGCAUGCAUUGGUGCUAAGUUUGGAAUCAACGGGAACCCUGGUGAGUUACCCAAAUGGUAUGCCAUUGUUGUGGUGCUUUUCAUCUGCAUUUACGUGGCUGGAUUCGCCUGGUCAUGGGGACCGCUAGGAUGGUUAGUCCCUAGUGAAAUCUUCCCAUUGGAAAUCCGAUCAGCCGCACAAAGCAUCAACGUCUCUGUCAACAUGCUCUUCACAUUCGCGGUGGCUCAAGUGUUCUUAACCAUGCUCUGCCACUUGAAAUUUGGACUCUUCCUUUUCUUCGCUUUCUUCGUGCUAAUAAUGUCUGUAUUUGUGUACUACUUCUUGCCGGAGACAAAGGGCAUCCCGAUCGAAGAGAUGAGUCGAGUAUGGAAGUCGCAUUGGUAUUGGUCCCGAUUCGUUGAGGACCUCGAUUACCCUAAUGGAGGUAUGGAGAUGGGCAAAGGAGGGCAGGGUGUAAAGGAUGUGUAAAUCCCCUUGGAUUUAAAUUAUCUUUUGUUGUAGCACAUACUAUUGAUUUUCAAUGUUGUUUCAGCCUUUUAUUGAAGUAUAAAC